AUGUACCUUCUAUUCGCCGUUCUCUUGUCUCACGUCUUGCCAGCGAUUCUCUCGCUUCCCAUCUGUACCAAAUGUCCCACUGGUGGGAUUUGGUCCCGUUGGAGAGACACUACGGAUUGCACAAAGAGCUGUGGAUUGAAUGCCAAAGCCACUGCCACUACCCCAGCUAAUCCAUGCGCCCGUUGCACACUUGCUGAACUUCUUGCUUUAGGAAAACCAAACUCAGCCAUUUUCACACCAGUUUUCGGUUAUGAUUCUGUCACUGGCUGCGCUCAAGUGAGCGGGAAUUGCAGUGGAGAGGCACUUAAUGACUAUUUAGCAAUUGGCGCCCACGCAGCGGCUGGACCACCGGGUCCAUUCGGCUAUGUCUGUGGUUGUGGAUCGGUAAAUACCAAGCCAGAAGCUCCUUUUGUCUGCUCGCCUGAUGGAAAAUGGCAAUAUGGCGGGCAAACAAUUGGCGAUUGGUACUGCUAUGUCUAUUACGAUUGUUUGCAACAAAUUGCGUGGUACGCUGGCACCAUACUUGAUGCAUGCCCCACAGCCACACCGUCCACUACAACGCCAGCGCCAUUAAUCCCCGCUCCU